AUGGUUCGACUGCAGAAGUGUUUACGAGGUAAGGCGUUAGAAUCAGUGAGAUGUCAGCUGUUGCACCCUAGCAACUUGGAGCAAGUGCUUGGUACACUCAAGAUGCUGUUUGGUCGCCCGGAAAUCGUUGUACAUUCGCUUCUACAGAAAAUCAACAAUCUACCGGCCCCGAAGGCGGACCGCCUUGGGACACUCGUCGACUUUGCUCUCGCUGUACGCAAUAUGGUGGCGACAGUGAAGGCCUGCGAACUAGAGGAGCACUUAUGCAACCUCACCCUUCUGCAUAGUUUGACCGAACGGCUUCCUCCGAUGAUCAGAUUAAACUGGGCGACACAUCGACAAUCUCUUCGUGUCGUAACGUUGUCCGAAUUCAGUGAUUGGUUGUAUAAGUUAGCAGAGGCAGCGAGUGCAGUGACCAUGCCACAGUUUUCUACCGCCAUAGACAGCAAAUCUCGCCGAGGUAGGAAGGAUGAUGGAUUCUUGAACGCGCACACUGAAGUAAUUCCAAAAGUGAGGCAGUUGGAAACAAACAACGGUUGUCUCGUCUGCCAGGGACGCUGCGUAGCUGUGGAGAAGUGCAAGCGGUUCAUUUCGUUCGGUCUCUCCGCUCGCUGGGACACACUUCGUGAGCACAAACUGUGCCGCAGUUGUCUGAACAAUCAUCGUGGUCCGUGCAAGUCUGCGAAGCCAUGUGGGAGAAACGGAUGUCAAUACAAACAUCAUCGGCUAUUGCACAACGAUGGGAAGGACAAACGGGGGGGAUCCCCUGGUUCAAGCAACAGCGUUCCCCAACAAGCCGUCGUCGAAAGGUCAUCGGAUGUCGAGUCGUGCAAUACGCAUCGAGGAGGAGGAAAGGCCGUUCUAUUCCAGUAUGUUCCAGUAGUUCUCUAUAACAACGGUAUCGAGCUCCGCACUCACGCAUUUCUAGACAGUGGAUCAUCAUUAACACUGAUGGAGGACAGUUUGGCGGAGGAGUUAAACCUGAAUGGUGAGAAGUACCCCUUGUGUCUGCGAUGGACUGCGGACACCUGCCGGUAUGAAAAGGAUGCCAAGAUAGUCUCGCUCAACAUCUCUGGCACACAUAGUGGAAGCAGUCUGCACAGUUUGAAGGAGGUCUACACGGUGAAAGAGUUAAAGCUUCCUUCUCAAUCUCUACCGGCUGAUAAUCUGUGUGCAAAGUACGUGCACCUGAAAUCACUGCCACUGGAAUCUUACAGCAACAUUCAACCAAGGAUAAUGAUCGGUGUUAGCAACGCAAGAGUGAUGCACGCUUUGGACAGCCGUGAAGGGAACCCAGACGAACCGGUGGCGAUUAAGACUCGUCUUGGUUGGACUGUCUAUGGCACUUGCCCAUCGGAGAGUGUAUCAGCUGACAGUACCGCUCCACUUAGCUUCCAUAUCUGCUCACAUUCCCAUGGACCAGAUGAAACCCUACACGAAACGGUUAAGAACUAUUUCGCACUCGACAGUUUGGGGAUCAGAGCUCCGCAGAACAAUCUACUUUCCAAGGAAGACGACAGAGCACUAUCAAUACUGCGCGAUAUCACCACUUUCCAGAAUGGGCGCUAUCAAGUUGGUCUACUAUGGAAGUUUGACGAUGUGCGUCUGCCAAACAAUCGAUCCAUGGCGUUGAGACGUCACUACUGUUUGACGAAGCGGAUGGAACGAGAACCACAGUUAGCUGCAACAUUGAGAGCGAAAAUGACGGACUACGUUAGCAAAGACUAUAUCCGUAAGCUGACACCAGAGGAGUGUCGAGUAACUGGAGGUCGCACCUGGUACUUACCGAUUUUCCCGGUAUUUAACCCCAACAAGCCGGGGAAAGUUCGAAUUGUCUUCGAUGCAGCUGCAACUUUCGGAAAUGUCUCCCUCAACUCCGUACUGUUAAAAGGGCCAGAUCAGCUAAACGCUCUGCCACCAGUCCUGUACAAGUUCAGAGAGCGACGAAUUGGCCUAGGAGGUGAUGUCGCAGAGAUGUUCCAUCAGAUGCGGAUGCGACCUGAAGAUGAACAUAGUCAGCGGAUCCUGUGGUGUGCCAGCGAAGAUACGAUGGAACCAAGCGACUACGUGAUGCAAGUAGUCACGUUUGGUGCUACCUGCUCGCCCAGCACAGCGUUGCACGUCCUCAAUAAGAAUGCGUCCCGAUUCGAGAACAGAUAUCCCACUGCUGUCGACACUAUCCGUCGUCGUCAUUAUGUCGACGAUAUGUUGACUAGCGUUGACACAGUGGAAGAAGCAGUCAAACUAGCAAAUGAUGUUUGCUACAUCCACCGCAAGGGAGGAUUCCACAUGAGGAACUGGGUAUCGAAUUCAUCAGCUGUACUCAAGGCCCUCGGAGAAAAUCCGAAGUCCGAGAAGUCCAUGGAGAUGAAUGCAGAGCUCGCUAUGGAAAAAGUUCUUGGUAUGUGGUGGAGUACCACGACAGAUGUCUUCCGCUACAAACUCUGUACGGAUCGCAACAGAGAUCUACUGUCUGGCGCCAAACACCCUACUAAAAGGGAUGUAUUACGCACGCUAAUGGCGAUUUAUGAUCCUUUAGGGCCUAUUGCACACUACCUGAUGUACCUUAAGGUAGUGCUUCAGGAGAUCUGA